CAGGCCAUGCAUAACAUCCUAUGCAAUAUAGCACAUGCACGUGCGCUGUACCAAGAAGUAACUGUAUUUGUCAGGAGCACUACAAUGUGGAUGAAACUCAAGACCAUCUUCAUAAUAUAAGACUUAGUGUAUAUUGCCAAGCCACAUCUAGAUCAACUUCAUUCUGAACAAAUUGAUUAUAGAAUUGUACCCUGAUAUUGAGACAUGACUGAUAAAGUUCUUGUGAUUGGUAGUGGAGGAAGGGAGCACUGUCUGGCAUGGAAGCUAGCCCAGUCAUCACAAGUAGCCCAAGUCCUGGUUGCCCCAGGAAAUGCGGGCACAGCCAACAGUGAGAAAAUUACAAAUAUGGGACCAGAUGUUCCAACAGGUAACUACCCCGCCCUAGCCUCCUGGUGCCAUGAGAACUGCAUCAGUCUCGUAGUGGUGGGACCUGAAGCGCCUCUUGCUGCAGGAAUCGCAGACGACCUCGCCGAGGCAGGCAUCCCGUGCUUUGGACCCACGAGGGCAGCAGCCGAGAUCGAAUCUAGCAAGGUCUUUGCCAAGAGCUUCAUGGAUCAUUGCAAGAUUCCAACUGCUAGGUGGAAAAGUUUCACAGAGGUGGAGGAAGCCUGUAAACACAUUAAUACCGCCCCCUAUAGAGCCUUGGUAGUUAAGGCCAAUGGGUUGGCCGCUGGUAAAGGAGUAGUCGUUGCUUCAACUACAGAAGAAGCUUGCGAUGCUGUCAGGAACAUUAUACAGGAUAAAUUAUUUGGUGCUGCAGGAGAUAGUGUCAUCAUAGAAGAACUCUUGGAAGGUGAAGAAGUUUCAGUUCUGGCAUUUUGUGAUGGUAGCCAUUUUGAGUCGAUGCUUCCAGCACAGGAUCACAAACGGGUUGGAGAAGGAGACCAUGGUCCUAAUACAGGUGGAAUGGGAGCGUACUGUCCUUGCCCACAGGUAUCAAGGCAGGUUAUUCAGCAGAUAGAUGAGGAGAUCAUUCAGAGAGCAGUAGAUGGAAUGAAGGAACAAGGGAGGCCAUACAAAGGAGUCCUGUAUGCAGGCCUGAUGAUCACCAAAGACGGCCCGAGGGUUCUGGAGUUCAACUGUCGCUUUGGAGACCCAGAAACCCAGGUCGUUCUGCCGUUACUGAAGAGUGAUCUCUAUGCUACCAUGAAGGCCUGUGUGACUGGAGACCUGCCCAAGGCCAAGCCGAGUUUCCAUGACGACCGAUGCUGCGUGGCGAUUGUUCAGGCCAGUGGUGGCUACCCAGCAUCGUACAAGAAAGGCUAUGAGAUUACAGGAUUGGAUGAGAUAGCCAGCCAACCGGACAUGAUGGUCAUCCACGCAGGCACCGCUGUCAAGGAUGGGAAGGUCGUGACUUCAGGUGGGCGUGUCCUAGCAGUGGUAGCCUCGGCAAGGGAUCUGGUGACAGCAGCCACCAUGGCCAACGAGGGGGCAAAGACAGUCAAGUUUGAGGGAAGCUUUCACAGAACGGAUAUAGCAAAAAGAGCAUGCGACUUCCUAACUGGUAACAGAUCAUCAGGUUUAACAUACAGUGGCAGUGGAGUUGACAUCACAGCCGGAAAUUCACUAGUCCAAGCUAUCAAACCUCUAGCCAAAGCUACGGCCAGACCAGGAUGUGAUGCUGCCCUCGGGGGGUUCGGAGGGCUCUUUGAUGUGAGAGCUGCUGGCUACAAGGACCCUAUCCUAGUAUCGGGUACUGACGGCGUUGGCACAAAAUUGAAGAUUGCUCAAGCCUGCAACCUUCACCAGACGAUAGGCCAAGACCUGGUUGCCAUGUGUGUUAAUGAUAUCCUAGCCCACGGAGCAGAGUCUCUCUUCUUCUUAGACUACUUCUCAUGUGGAAAACUAGAAGUGGGUGUGGCAAGGGACGUGGUGGGAGGCGUGGCCGAGGGGUGUAAAAUGGCUGGCUGUGCCCUGCUUGGUGGUGAAACUGCUGAGAUGCCUGGGAUGUAUGCACCCAACGAGUAUGACCUUGCAGGGUUCGCCGUGGGGGCGGUAGAGAGGGGUCACAUGCUCCCGAGGGUAGACGAGAUCCAAGCAGGUGAUGUCAUUCUGGGCGUGGCAUCGUCUGGUAUCCAUAGCAAUGGCUACAGUCUGGUGAGGAGGUUGGUCGAGCAGGAGGGACUGGACUUCAAGGAUCCUUGUCCUUUUAGAGAUGGAACCACCUUGGGAGAAGCACUGUUGACACCAACCAGAAUCUACUCCAAGACCUUACUCCCUGCCAUCCGGUCCGGCUGCGUCAAGGCUUUUGCCCACAUCACCGGUGGGGGCCUACUGGAGAACAUCCCCAGGAUAAUGCCUGGCUCCAUGGCUGUCCAAUUAGAUUCCUCCAAAUGGGAGAUUCCAUCGGUGUUUGGGUGGAUCUCACAUCACGGAGGGGUGGAGGAGAUGGAGAUGGCCAGGACGUUUAACUGCGGCGUUGGGGGCGUCCUGGUGGUGAGAUCGGAAGAUGAGGGCGCUGUUCUAGAGAUGAUGAGACAGAGCGGAGAGACGGCUUGGAAGAUUGGACAGGUGGUGCCGAAAUGUGGCGAUGGAGCAGGAGUAUCAAUCUCCAACCUCUCCUCAUCCCUGGCCCGAUCUUACUCCCCUGCUAUGAAUGGUAUCCAAGAAGGCGGAGCUGAGAGGAAGAUGAGAGUAGCUGUUCUCAUCUCAGGCACAGGUACAAAUCUUCAGGCCCUCAUCAACCACACCAAGGAUCCAAAGAAAGCGUCUAGAGCUGAGAUCUGUCUUGUUAUCUCUAAUAUUCCUGAUGUAUUAGGGUUAGAGAGAGCAAAGAAAGCUGGUAUACCAACUAAGGUUAUAUGUCACAAAGGCCUAAGCAGAGUAGAUUUUGACAUGAAAGUCCAUGACGCUCUCCAAGCAGCUAAUAUAGAAUUCAUCUGCCUUGCCGGUUUCAUGCGUAUUCUCAGUGGAGAGUUUGUCAACCGGUGGCACGGACGUCUCAUCAACAUUCAUCCCUCCCUCCUGCCAUCCUUCAAGGGAAUGAACGCCCACAAAAUGGUCUUAGAGGCUGGAGUGAGACUUUCAGGAUGUUCGGUUCAUUAUGUAGUGGAAGAGGUAGAUGCUGGAGCCAUAUUGGUCCAGGAGUCCGUCCCUGUGUUGCCGGGGGAUACGGAACCAACCCUACAGGAGCGUGUGAAGACAGCGGAACAUGUCGCGUACCCUCGUGCUCUGGAACUGAUCGCUAGGGGUCAGGCCUCGCUGGGGACAGAGGGAAAAGUUGUUUGGAAGUUUGAUUCAUAGCGGGAUUGUUUUAUGCGAAGAUGGGGAAACAUUGUUUGAACUUUGAACCGUAACAGGAUUGUCACCCCUAAGGUGGUGUGACCUACUUUGAAGAACACUCCUUGACAUCACCUUUACGUAGAUCACCGAAAUUGACCCAUCAAAAAGGACAUUUUGACAGAUGGAUCUUGUUUGACUUUUUGUGUGGCAAUCAAUGCUUGCUCAUCAGGCAAAUUGAUGUUAUGAUCAGAUUAAAUUUGUACUUUUUGAACAUAAAAUGUCUUUAUAAAUAAGUUUAUCAUACUUUGUAUUUUGAAUGCAAGGAGAUUUUUCUUUUGUUGGCACAUUUUCUCUCAUGAUUGAAUAAUAGAAAAUAUUUGUAAUUUUACUUAUUAAUUUCUUCUGGUCAUUCCAUUGAAGUGAAUAAUGUAUUCAUGACACAUUUUUAGUGUUGCCUAACAUCUUUUGGGGAAAUGGGAAGUUUUCACAAAAUUGCACAGAGUGUGCUUGUUUUGGAAUUCAAUUUAUUUUG